ACGUGCUACACUUUUUUUUUUUUUUUUUUAAUUGCGAUAAACUAAUUCAGCUACACGCAACUCAAUAAUUCGCUGAUUUUGCCACUACUUGUUGCAAUUGCAUCAUCGGAUUCGUUGAUUUGGUAGUAAUCGAGCUACCUUUGUUAGUGAAUUGUGGAAGCAAAAACUUUGACCUGAAAUUGUAUAAAGGGGGAAAAAGAUUGGAGAUGAGCUGGUGAAAAAAGUUUGAAGAAAAUCACUUUGAAAGUUUGAAGGGAUGAUUCUUUCUGCACUUUUAACUUCGGUGGGAAUAAAUGUUGCCCUUUGUCUAGUCUUUUUCGUCUCGUAUUCUAUACUGAGAAAUCGACCGAGCAAUGCGGAACUUUAUUUACCACGCUUGGUUGCUAAUGGGAAACUUGAAGAGGAAGAUGAAGUCGGAAGGGGAGGCUUACUGUCUUGUUUCCGGUGGGUGAAAAGAGCAUGGCAGCCAACUGAAGACGAGCUUUUGUCAAUUUCUGGAUUGGAUGCCGUUGUAUUCAUGCGUAUUUUCAUCUUCGGACUGAGAGUAUUUAGAUUCGCAGUGAUUGUUGGAAUUUUCAUUCUUCUUCCAUUCAAUUAUAUGGGGAAUCAGCUAAAUAUUGACUUCACCGACCUUCCAAACAAGUCAUUGGAAACAUUCAGCAUCUCGAAUGUUGACGAUGGGUCAAACAGGUUAUGGAUACACUUCUCUGCCAUUUAUAUCUUCACAGCUGUUGUUUGCUAUCUUCUUUACUAUGAAUAUGACUAUAUCGCAUCCAAACGGAUUGCUUACUUCUAUUCUUCGAAACCACGGCCAAGUCAAUUCACUAUUUUAGUUCGGAGUAUUCCAGCCUCUCCUGACAGGAGCUUCAGUGAAAGUGUUGAAACCUUUUUCAGUGAAUAUUAUCCAUCUACCUAUCUUUCACAUGCUGUGGUUCGUCGGACAAACAAACUCAAGGGACUCAUUAAUGACGCAGACAAGGCUUACAAAAAACUUGUUCACUUGAAAUCGAAAAAGGAUUCUGAACAGAGUUCCAAACGAACUUGUUUUAUGGGCCUUUUCAGAAAAAAAGUUGAUCUCCUAGAUCACUAUGAAAAGAAACUGGAAGAUAUUGAAGGUAAUGUAAGAACAGAACGAACUUCAGCUAUUGGAAAGGAAGUUCCGGCUGCUUUUGUAUCUUUCAAGACUCGGCUUAGUGCUGCAGUAGCUGCACAUCUUCAACAAGGAGUUAAACCAACCAAAUGGCUUACUGAGCAAGCUCCUGAUCCACAGGAUGUUUAUUGGCCCUUCUUUUCCGCCUCGUUCGUCAAGAUAUGGAUUUGCAACAUUGCUGUUAUUUUCGCAUGUAUUUCCAUAACUAUUUUAUUCCUCGUACCUGUUCUCUUAGUACAAGGUCUUACGCAUUUGGACCAGUUAGAAAUCUUGCUACCCUUUUUGACCGGCGUAUUAAAAGUGAAAAUUAUCAGCCAAGUAAUCACAGGAUAUCUUCCGAGUCUCAUCCUUGACUCGUUUUUGUCUUUAGUGCCACCUGUCAUGAUUGUGCUUUCCUCCAUACAAGGAUACAUCGCGCUUAGUCAGAUCGAGAAAAGCGCGUGCAUAAAAGUCCUGUGGUUCACUAUAUGGAACAUAUUCUUUGCAAAUGUACUAUCAGGAACAGCAUUAUACAGAUUCGAUGUCCUUUUCGAGCCCAAAAGAAUCCCUGAGCUAUUAGCUGUGGCUGUUCCUGCACAGGCUUCGUUUUUCAUUGCAUAUGUUGUAACUUCUGGAUGGACCAAAACAUUCUCUUCAGAGCUGUUUCGACUUAAGCGCCUAAUUUGGAGACAUUUCAAAGGAAAUUUGUGCUGUAAAUAUGACCACGAAACCAAGGUCCCUUCAAAUCCUUAUCACAGUGAGAUUCCGAGGAUUCUGUUUUUCAGCCUUCUUGGAAUAACAUACUUCUUCCUCGCACCCCUAAUUUUGCCUUUCCUCUUGAUUUACUACUGCUUCGGGUAUAUCAUCUACCGUAAUCAGCUAUUAAAUGUUUACGAACCCAAGUUUGAAACGGGUGGAAAGUUUUGGCCUGUAGUGCACGACGCAACAAUAUUUUCGUUAAUACUGAUGCAUAUUAUUGCAGUUGGGAUAUUCGGUCUGAAGAAAGUUCCGUUAGCUUCAAGCUUAACAGUUCCUCUUCCAAUUAUCACUCUCAUAUUCAACAGUUACUGCCGGAGAAGAUUCCUACCUAGCUUCAAAGGCUAUCCAGCUGAGUGCUUGAUAAAUAAGGAUAGAGUCGAUAUAAGCGAUCCGGUUAUUUCUUCAUUCUACCGUAAACUAGAGAGUGCGUAUAAAGAUCCGUCAAUGAAACCAGUCAGAUAUUCUGAAGCCGGUGAAAGCAGCAGCAACAGCAGCAGCAGCACCUCUCCUCUUCUGCGUGGUGCCGAUAAUUAUUAACUGAUUGUCUGUCGGUUUUAUAUAAUUGGUAACUUUUUUAUUUGUUGUUACUAUAUAUAUUACUAUUAUAGUUUUGUGUAAGAUUGAAAGUGUAACUGGGCAGAACCCGAAAUCUGGAAAGGUAUUUUAAAACUUUGGGUUUAUGAAAUUAGGUUACGUCGUCGUUUUCUCAUCAU